CGUCGACAAACUCUGGGCAACGGGAAAAACUUCGCGGGCCGCUGGACGGGCCACAUCGCUGAGCGCACCUUUCGUCCAGUCGGCCGGCGCCGCUUGCGUUCGUGGCGCGCCGCGUUCGUCUUGGUAGCUUGUAAACGCAGUUAUGCGGUGGAGCGCGUUUGAUCGGCGACGUUAGCAGGUUUCGGUGUCAUCUGCUGCUGCAGGGAGCAGCGGUGACCGUCACAACAUAGCUUCUAGUUCCGCGCUGCAGCUGCGUCCUUUCCUCACGAUGUGAACACUGUAUGUACUGCUGUGCUUCGCGUUACCGCUGACUGUGAAAAGGGAUUCAGCGCAACCUUGCGCUCGCGACAUACGUGUAUGCGAUUCUCGGAUACGUACUCCGGGCUGACAACGACGGAACCGAGCGGACGACGAUCGGCGCUGAAAGUUGGGGAUAACGUCGCCUCUUCCGCGCCGCCUGUCAGGAAGCGAGUUUGGUUCUCAAGCGCGCUGUCAGCCAUGGGUCUCAGUGACACCGAUGGAAGGGAGCCCAUCCUGAGUGUGGAUGGGUCGAGCCACCCUGAGGGGCCUAUGAGUGAGGCUGAGGUGAAGCCCUGCUCUCCGCAAGGGGGUGACGCCAACCACAACCACCCCACGACUCUCAACUUUGCUGCUGCCACAACCAACGGGAACAGCACUGCCAGCCUUUCACCACAAGCUCCCCCUGGCCAGCCCUCAGUGACCAGUGCAACGCCAGUGGAUGCACCCACCCCAGUUGCCUCCACACCUGUUAGCAAGGCUGACAUGGAGCUUCUUGCACGCCUCGAAGAGCAGAACAGGCUCUUGGAAUCAGACUCUAAGUCCUUGAACUCACUGACUUCAACACACUCCAGAAAGUCCUCAGACACCAGCCAGGUGUCGGUGGCAUCAGGUGCAAGCCAGCAGAGUGCCGCCCUGGAUGAUGACUCAGAAGAUACCUGGGUACUGUGGGGAAGGAUGGUAAAUGAGUGGGACACCUACAUCAAGAAGAAGAAUGCCUAUGUCAAGGAACACGUUCGCAAGGGUAUCCCACAACAUUUCCGAGCCAUUGCAUGGCAGCUAUUGUGCAAUGCACCUACAUGUGCAGCCCGUGAGCAGUACGCAGAGUACCUAAAGGCAAGCUCACCCUGUGAGAAAGUGAUCCGCCGUGACAUUGCACGUACUUACCCUGAGCAUGAGUUCUUCCGUGACAAAGAUGGUCCUGGCCAAGAGGGCCUUUUCAACGUCAUGAAGGCUUACUCACUGCAUGACCGAGAAGUGGGCUACUGCCAGGGGAGUGCCUUCAUCGUUGGCCUAUUGCUUCUACAGAUGCCUGAAGAAGAGACAUUCACAGUGCUGGUGCGAAUGAUGCAAGACUAUCGUCUGCGUGAAAUAUACAAGCCCAGCAUGGCUGAACUGGGACUCUGUAUGUACCAGCUGGAGUGCCUUGUACAGGAGUUGGUGCCAGAGAUCCACAUGCACUUCCAGGCUCAGAGCUUCCACACAUCUAUGUAUGCCUCAUCGUGGUUUCUUACUCUGUUCACUUCCUGCUUGCCGCACACCCUAGCAUGCCGAGUCAUGGACCUUUUUCUCUCUGAGGGAAUGGAGAUGAUUUUCAGGAUAGCCAUAGCUAUUCUUCAAUUUUGCAAGGAAGACAUACUCCAACUGGACAUGGAAGGCAUGCUAAGGUACUUCCAAAAGGAAAUGCCAAGCAAGUGUGAAACAGAUCCUGAUUAUCUUAUAAACCUGGCUCUGCAAGUGAAGUACAACAGCAAGAAGAUAAAAAAGCUAGAAAAAGAGUACACAGCGCUUAAGGUUAAGGAGCAUGAAGAAAUGAUUGAGCUGAGGAGGCUUCGUACAGAGAACAGGCUUCUAAGACAAAGGAUAGAACACCUCGAGCAGGAGAGCUCUGCACUGGCUGACCGUCUGAUUCAAGGCCAAGUAGUGCGGGCUCAGGAAGCGGAAGACAACUACAUCAUCAAGCGGGAACUUGCUGCCCUUCGUCAGCAAGAGCUUACUGUGCAGCAGGAGCUGCAGAAAGCCAACAACCAAAUCAAGGAGCUUCACCAAGCACAGACACAGCCGUCAUCACUGGACAGCCAGACAGAGGAUCUGCUGAAGUCACUGCAAGAUGAAUUGGUGGCUGUGAAGCUGCGCGAAGCUGAAGGUCAGGAGACUAUGCGUGGCCUUCGCCAAAGGAUACACGAGCUUGAAGAGGACAACAAGCGUCUAAGGGAAGCGACACCAAAUGAUAGCGUGGCAACUCUACAGGAAGAAUUGAUAGCGGUAAAAUUGCGUGAAGCUGAAGCUAACCUGUCCAUGAAAGAGCUUAGACAAAAAGUCGCCGACUUGCAAGCUGCAUGGGAGAAGCAUCGCUCGGAAAACCCCCAUCAGUCGGACAACCAGUCGACACCGUCACGAUGGAGUGGAAAUAAGUCACAAGUGAACCAGCUUCAGGAAGAACUGAUGACUGCUCGGCUCAAGGAAGCUGAUGCUACUGCUGAGCUGCGAGAACUGCGCCAAAGAGUCAUGGAGCUUGAGACCCAAAACCAAGUCAGCCUGAACCAAAUCCGCCGUCAAGCAGACGAAAUUGCAAAGUAUCAGCAAAUGUCAGACAAGGUCUCUGAGAAGGAGCGUGAGUUGCAUUCUCUUGUCCAGGAUGAGGCACGCAAGAUCACAAACCUGGAAUCACAGAUGAAAGAAGAGAGGAUGAAUGCUCGGAUUCGGGAAGUGGAGCACACCCAAAUCAUUGCAGAGAUGAAGCAGAAAAUCUCUUCCCUUGAGAUCAAGAAUCAAGAGCUGCUUACUGCUGGUCAACUGAGAGGCAGCACCGAAUCUGAAGAAGUGAAAGAACUUCAGGAUAAGGUGUCAGACUUGAAGGCUGAGGUUAUGCAGCUGCAGAUAAUGAACAAGCGCUUGAGCUCCGCACUGGCAGUGGCUCGGCUGCGGCAACCAGAUACACAGAAGGCUGGAGCAGCGGCGGCAGCAGCGGCAUCUGGCCCUCUGAGCAGUUCACCACCACUUACCCUGGUGGGAGGGCUUAGCCGUAGCACAAGCCUCAUGGAAGAUAGUGUCACUGAGCAGCUUCUUCAGCUUGGACUGGAACUUUCGGUCAGCCAGCACCCAGCCAAGCAACCCAAGCUUGCCAAUGGGGAGCUCUAGUGUUACCAGGUUUAUCUGUCUGUUUCACCCCGAGGUCAGGGGUCCCUUGUGAUAUGCGUAAUGGAGUAUGGGAGCUUAUUGUUGAUUGCUCGGGGUGAUAUCACAUUCUGAGAGUGAUCUGUUUGCUGCUGGAGGCCUGUCUUGACUUUUCUUGUGAAAGAUAUGUUUCUUUUCACUAUAUCUUGUGUUCUAUGCCAUUGAAUGCUUUAACAAAUUAAGAGUAAGACUUGCUUGGAGUCCUGUUGCCCGUUUAAGUGUGAGCUGCCGAUAGUACAGGGGAAAUGUUGGCACAGUGAACAUAAGUGCCCACUGUUCCAGACUGCUUCAGCAUUUGAAAUCAAGUUUGUUUUUUGAUGGGCUGACCAACAUGGCUUAACAUGUGCUUGCAGAGGAGAUGCCUGUUCAAUGCUUCUGCAGUGUUAUAAUAUUAUCUUGCACGAAGUUUAACAAAAGAGGUAACAGCUAAAGAAUUUGUAAUCAACUACUCUAAAUGAAGGGAAGACCACUGAUUUGUUGUGUAGCAGGGAAGUUACUACCAAUGUGUAAUGAGUUUUGUCAUGGCUUAACACAUGAACAUGCAAACAGCUCAACCAGCUUGUUAGUGAUUUGUCCACUGAGCUGCUGAACCCAUCAAGAGGGAGGCCUAUGACCUGUAAUGCCAGUAUGCUUUACCCCAGCAAACAACGUCACUUCAAUUUUGUUAAUUGGGACUGCAUUUAAGCAUGUAUGUUUCAAGCCAGAGCUUUUGAUUGUAGUUAAUUGCUGCAGGGCUCAAUUGAAUAUAUUUGGUUUUGAUGUGAGUCUGUACCUAUCUUUAGGUAUGAAGCGUAAAACACAGGACCAACAAAAAAAAAAAGAAAAGGCACACAGAGCUCAUUAUGGCACCUUUAAACUCGUUGGUUUUAUUUUUUCACAGGUGAAAUGUAAAAGUGCAUUUCAAUUUGAGCAUCUAGCACACAACACACUAGGGCACAGUGAAAAAGGAUGAAGACCUGCACUAACUUCCAACAGAUUUGAACAUCUGCUGGAAUUUAGUGCCAGUCUUUGUCCUCUUUCACUGUGUCGUUGUCUUGUGCUGUGCGCUAGAUGCUGAAAUGGAAUAACAACAUGCCCAAAUUUACAUUAUUACAUUUUAAUUCUUCUAUUCUCCAAUGUUGUGAUGAGUGCUUUUUGAUUCUGUCCUCUAAAAGUAGGCUUUAUUCUUAGUCCCAUUGGAGUGAUGAUCUUAAUCGGAAUGUGUAAGCUUAUUUAUUAAUGUUUGUUUCUUUGCAUAACAUUCUAUUAGAAGACCUGUUAUGUUGCUCAUUUCAUUGACGUAAAGCCUGUAGUAUUCUCUUUCACUAUGCAUGGACUUAAAAAAAGCUUACCUUCCUAUGCAGCUUGUUCUGUACAAUGCUGGCAAGCUCUGUGCUCACUAACAGAGACCAUGAGCCCAAUGUUGACCGUAGCAGGCAUAUAAUUAUGUUCAUCGUAGUCCUUAUCCCUGGUGGGAUGCUUGCAUAAGCAAUAUGCUGUGCUGCCAUUACACAUGGAAAGCCUUUUUGUGUGUGUUAGUGUGAAAAAAUGGCCUCUUUGCCAAAAGGAUUAUACAUUGUUUUCUUUUCUCCUGCUGGCAGUUUAGUGGUGGAGUGUGUUAGUGGGGUGUUGGCUAUAUGUGAUGCCAAAUUAAGCUCAUGGCCAUUAUUUGGUAAUGUUUACAAUGCUACAAGUUUGUAUUUGUUCACACCUGGAAAGGGCAGAAAGGUUAGAAAUCUUUUUCCACUGCCAGGUGCUUGCAUGUGCAGCUGGAGCAAUGCAUUGUUGUAAACAGCACUGGAGGUCAGGGGCAUAGCCAGGAUUUCCCUUCAAAGGGGAGGGGGGUUUGACCCCUCUUUUUGUAUGUGCAUGCAUGUGUUUAACAAGACUUGAAAUUCGGCAAGAUGGUGCAUAGCUGAUGGGAACUUUUGUGCGCAGAAACAAGACAAUUCACCAGAACGAGAGAGACAGGACGUGUGUGUAUGUAUACACAUACUGAAAAUUUUUGGGGGUGGUGAGGGGAAAGGUUUGAACUCUCCCAAUAUUGCUUUCCUCUGGCUAUGCCUCUGCUGGAGGAAAUUCCUUUAACACACUGUUCAUUGCAGCAUUUUGGCAGUUGGAAUAGAAUCAGUGGGGAGGGAGGACUAUUGAGCUUAAAACAGUAUCUUUCAAAAUUUUUUAGUAUGCAAUAAAUUCUUAAUGAACUUCCAGGUAUGGAUAGGUGAAGUUAUUAUCAAGGCAGUAGCUAUCCUUUGUAACAAGGUAGAUAGUGCUCACUUUCACAGUUUGCCAGUGUGCUUGUGGUAUACCCUUGCACUUUAUACUAACUGAAACUAGUGCUUUUACUCUGUGUACCCAGCUAAAGUGGUUAUGUAAAGUAGUAGGUAAUAUACAGUUUAUACGUUGUGCUUUUGAUAAGCUUGUUAAUGGAGAUCAUAACUAGUUAAUAGCAUUCAUUGUCAGCUACAUUGCAAACUUGCAUUACCUCUAUUUACCAUAAUGAAUCUGAACAUGUACUGAAGGAAAAGCAAUUUCCAUUUGCAUGAAUUUCAUGAAAUGCAUGUAACUAAAAUCUUUUACUGGCAUUAUUAACUUUAUUAUGAUUUAGUGUGUGUUGGUGAAAAUUCCAUUGAGUAUUGGCAGCACUGCUAAGGCUAUUAUUGCCAUUAGCAUAAUAAAUUUCAAGUGUGGUGUAGAUCGUCUGCAGGCUGUCAGGAGCUUUGUGUCAUAUACAGCACCUAAGCUGUCUUGAAGCCAUUCACAGAAAUGUACUCUAUGUGUUGGGCAAGCGAUAUACAUUGAUAGCAGCUCACAAGUUGCAUCUUUUGUCAUUCUUGCACUAAACAGGUUGCAUGCUUUUUCUUUGUGGGUGUUUGUGUGCAUUAAUGACUGUAGAGAUUUUGCACUGUAGAGAUUUUGUAGAGACGUUCUAGGGUUUCGGUGCUAGGACUAUCAACUGCAUGAGUGGGGGUUUAUGAUCUCCUGAGCUGUUGUACGUUCAUGGACAGGCCAUUAUUCUGUUAAAAGCACCAUUGAACUGUUCAAGCUCAUUCAGCACAGUCUUUAAUGAAAAACCUCUGGACACCUUAAUUAUGAGACUCGGCUUUUACUCAUGUUGUCCCAUCCCAGCAGUGCAAGAGGCAUAUUUAUAAUGCUUCAUGCAUGUCUUUUUGUACUUGAAAGGAUUGCAUGUUAAUAACACCCGAGCAUGUAAGAUGAACUUUUUACACUUCUGGUCACAUACAAAUGUAGGCUGUGCAAACAUGGAAUUGAGUUGCAAACAAAUAAUUUCAGUGCAGUGCUACUUUCUCGGACAUUAUUGCUGGUGCAAAAAAGCAAAACCAUUUCAGUGUUGUACACUCAAUGAAUCUAUUGCUUCCCUCCAUGUGUGCUCCUGCCUGUUUUGGUGGAAUUGUGUUGGUGACAUGCUUUGUAAAGCGUCAGUUAUUAAGCAAAGUGUAAAAUCUUGAGUAAUGUUAUAGUGUUUAAUAUGUAUUAGCACACUUCUAGUGAAGUACAAGGUGAUGAGCACCCUCAGAAUAUUUCCUUUUUCUAGAAACAUUGCAUAGGUAUUGUAGAGGCCUGCUUUAGGAAUUGUAGUAGAAACUUAGGCACUGUAUUGAACUCUGCUUCACAGCUCUGAGGCAGGGCUUUUAAAGGAAGCUAGCUUUCUGUGGCUAGAAAAAAAAAAGUGGAUUAACAUGCGCCACUUCCUGCACUUUGUUUUCCGAUCAGUACUGUUUUAUACUCGAUAGCAGUGCAGCAGUACAUUAAGCAUGCUUCUGGUUUUUCUGCAUGUGUUGUCUGUCAUGCUGCCCUCCAUAGAAAUUAAGGCACCUACUUGUUUGCCCAUUACAUGUUGGUUAAAUUGUGCAUGGCUGGCCACUGUAGUCCUUCCAGUACACGAUUUUUGCAUUUCGUUUAAUGAACAAAACAUGAAUUCACUUCCCAUAUAGCCAUGUUAGCAUCAGUGAACUGUUUAUUUCCAAGCGUGUGUUAACACUUUUGGUAGAGUAUGAUAUUUUCAGAUGCUGCAUAUAUCUGGACAAUUAUCUAGGGAUAUUUCAUUUAAUUAGGGCACUUUUUGUACUUCUAAAACUUUAUUUGGUAAAUGAACCACAUAUGUGACUUGCUGCGUUUCCUGCAUCAGCUGUCAGCUGGUUAGCUUGUUUAGGAUUACAAGUGCAGACCUAUUUCGAGUGGCUUUUUCUGUGUGAGCAAGACCUCAUUGGUUGAAUUUUUUAGGCAAGCCAUCAUACCACAGGUUUUUUUUAUGCAGUUCAUCUAUCUGCUGUGUGCAGAUGUGUGAAAGAUACGAGCUUAACUGUUACACACUUAGCACAAUCAAAGUCUGACAAUGAUGCAGGACAAGUAGGCUGGAUUACAUUGCACAGACACCACUUCGGAGCUGGCUCAAAAAUGUCCCAGUGAUGAUUAAAUGUUGGAAACUUCGAGGCUGUAACAGUGUGCUUGAAACAUAUGACACAUCAAUCAUAUUUUGAUUUUAAUGCUCAGCUCCUUCACUAAACCAUAACUCAAGUUAUGUUUUGAAAAAGAUACUCUAUGAGGCCAGUUUUUCAGAAAAAUCUUUUUGUGAUAACAGAAAAUACAUACUUAAUCUUUUUGUACAUGUUGUAAGAUAAAUGUAAAUCAAGCAGAUUUUGCUACUUUAUUCAAAUUGUGCACUUAUGCGCUUAUUUUAUGAAAGCAGCAACACUUGUGCAUCCAUUGAUGGAGCAUACCUUUUUGCAAGGCAGGCAAUAUCUCUUGUAAAUAACUUUGUGGCCUCUUUAUUUUAUUUUUUUUUGUUACCUGAAAUGUUAAGGUAUUAAGAUAGACUACUUAAUACACAUAAUGUACAAUAAAUGUGCUGCUUUUCCAAGAGUUGUUGUACACCCAUUUUGAAUUGUGGUAAGAAUGACGUAUUGUAGAUUUUCGUGCUUGCCGUGUAUUACCAUACUAUAUAUAUUCUUGCAUUCAAGGCAGACAGGUACGCAUUCCUCAGAUGUUUAAAUUUUGAUAUUUUGUUCGAGUUUCUGUAAUAAAACUUAGAUUCUUUGGUACAGGUUAUUGCGAUAAUUACGUAUACUGAUCUGUGUUAACUUCUGUUUGUAUAUUUUUGUAAAUAAAGAGAGGCAUAUAUGAUAGCUAUUAUUUAUUUUGUGUUUUAUAGGGUGCUGUAAGGGCUAGGUCUUGCAAUGCACUGCAUCUUUUGUGAUCUUAUUUCAAAGUGAAGCAUUGCAACAUUAUGAGGAAAUGAGCUGUAUGGUGCUGUCCUGCAGCACCAAGGAGAGAAUGUGAUGCUGAUGUACUCUUUAGUAUGGCUGGCACAUGCUUGUUUGAGGCUCUGACACCAUAAAAGUUGCACUUAUGACAGUAUGCUUCCUAGUACGUCUAGUAUUCAAGUUAGGGAGGCGUUUGGCGUAAAAAAAAACCUUUUCUUUUAUAUACAAGCUGAUGUUGCAUUCCCCUCAUUUGUAUGUAGGAUUUAGUAGAAAGUAAUGGUGUGGUGGUGACAAUGCCCUCUUCCUUCUCCUCAAAGGGAAAUAAAAAAUGUUGUGCGUGUUGUCAUUUGAUCCUGUUUCCUGCCAUGUUUAGAGUCUCUCUCAUGCCUGUUUACUCUGGCUUCUGUUAAAAAAGAAAAUAAAGCACUGCUGCAAUAAA